CCCUUGGCAAUAUUCGUCUGCGUCCACUCGCGACCGAGAUCGAAUUUAACUUGGGGAGACUUCAGUAGAUUGCGUUCCAUAACGUUCCUUGACGCUCUCGAGGAACGCAUGCUCAAGGUGGUCCGCUGACUACUCUUCUGAGGUUUCCGUGCGCUCGACCCAUCCAGCCCCUUCGAGCAGCUCUAUCCCGUAUGUCGACUGCGUAAAAUCGAUGUCCUUGCACUGAAAAUCCUCCGAGAGCGAUACUCGGAGCUCCUCCGACAGAGGUCCUCGGCUACAGAUAAGGCCGGUCAGGAGCGACCGGAGACUUGAGCAAGGCCGUCCACAUCCAGACCCUCUGACGAAGGCCCGGAGUGCCCGCGCGGUCCGCAACUUCAUCGCUUUGAUAUCGUUCCUGCAGCUCUCGCGAACGCGGGGACCGAUCGCAUUCAGAGGGAAUGACUGAAGAUCUCCACAUGCAUCCCAGAAGACGCGUUGUAGAGAACGACGACAAGGCCGAACCAUGGCUGUCGGUGGUCGGGAAGAGUGCAAUGACGGUCGUCAUGCAUCCAUUCGAUUACGCGAAGACUUUAAUGCAAAUCGGCUUCGAGCCGCUCCCUCCAGUGCCCGCGCACACCAUCUUCAGGAGGCCAGUGCUCAAGCUCCCUGGAGUAUUCGCGUACAUGGGUCAUCUCCGAGGAGUCGAUGGCUUCUUUGGGCUCUAUCGCGGAUUAGGAGCGAGCCUCACCGGUCGAAUAGUUUACGACUCGUGUUUCGUUUUCGUAACGAUGAGACUGCCGCCCGUGGCGUCUUUCGACGAAGACCAACAACUCCUGGUCGGAGAUUGUCCCCUGACUUCGGACGGUCAGAAGAUUGUCAAUUUCAUCAAACGCACCGCUCAGGAGUCGGUCGCCUAUGCCGCAGCGAUCACCGUCGCACAGCCUUUCCGAGUCAUCACCAUUCGGAUGAUGGCCGAAUUUGUCGGCCGAGAAACGAAAUAUAAUUCCGUAUUGGGCUCCUUCGUAGAGAUAUACAGGGAGGAAGGACUAUCGGGCUUAUGGAGCGGUCUAGUGCCCAGGAUCUACGGCGAAAUCUUGCGGAUCUGGCUCGCUGCCACGACGGCCUUCUUCAUCAAUACGUACAUCGUUGAGGAUCCAACGGUGCGGAGCUAUAUCGCCACCAUGUCAAGCUUCCUUGCCAGCUCGUUGACAUAUCCGUUCGCGCUAGUCAGCACCGUGGUGUCCGUGAGUGGUGCGCCAAUCGUUGCGGGACGUCCACCUCACGUCGCUAUCUAUUCCAACUGGACCCAGUGCUACACUCAUCUCAAGAAGAACGACCAGCUCAAGCGUGGGUCGUCUCUGUUCUGGAGAUACUACAACCCGGUCGAGGUCAGCAGAGGUAUCGCUUACAAGAAACCAGUGGAUUUCGUGAACCUGGAUUGAACGGGCUUGUAUCCAGGAACUCAGCUUCCCUUGUCUCCACGGAGCAGAGUGUUGCGUCAGAAUAGCCAUGAAACCAAUCAAAACAGUCACGUUCUUUCUCUGUGUUGUCCAAUACUGAUAACUCUGGAUGCCUGGGUAGGAUGGGGCGAAUGCGAUUCGAGGAGAGCUUUAAUUAAGAAAUGAUUCCGAGAUUUUGCGGUCGAUUCGAGGGGAUGAAGGAGCUUUGAGCAUGGAAUGCGAAAUGAUCAAAUCCUUCAUUCUCGAGCAUCCAUUUCUUCUGCAAUAACGCAGUCACACUAUUAGAGAGCUUGAAAUAAACUUCGGUCGU